ACUAUACAUAAAAAAAUGUACAGAAUUAGCAAAUUGCACGCACUCUUUUCCUUCGUGGCGAGACAGAAACGAUAACGUUGCGUUUGCGACUGCAAUGCAUACUUUUCUUUUUAUUCUCCUGUGUAUUCGCGGAAGAUUCGCGGUGCCCUCGCGCGAGGCGUUUCCGCCGCCGUGCCAGUGCAGUAUCAACGCAGCUGGAGAGAAAUAAAUCGCGCUGGCCAUGGGGACUGCGUAGCAGUCGCUCUCGGUGCUCCGGUCGCUUGUUUUCUUUGUUUGUUUUCAGUUUCGCCCAGGAUUAUCUGUCCGCCGUCGAGUUCCCCGGAAUUCGAUUCGAUUCGCGACGCGACAUGGCCACGAUCGAUUCCACGAGCUUUCUGCUUUCGUUGCUUUGUUUCAUUACGCUGUUAACCUCGUCUGUCAGUGCUGUCGCUGAGCCAGAUGGUACGUCUUCGGCCUUGCAAUCUCCGAGCCAGGACUCUCUGUCCAAAUCGACGACAAUCGGAGGACUCCUACGCAGUGACGUCGUCGACGAUGAAAAGCUACGGAAGAAUGACGUGAAUACAUCAAUGAUGGUGGAAGGAGGACCAAUAUUGAUAUCCACGAGCACCCCACAACAAGUGGACACAAAGACUGCGAUUGAGCCAGACAUCUCCGAUGAGACUACAGCGAGAGAAAACAUGCUUAAGGAAAGAAACGCUGCACCUUCUGUAGUCCCGAGAAAAGGAGUCCAAGAGAAAAAGGUCAAAGCAAGGAAAGGCGUGAAUCAGUCCAGCCAGGAACUGGAACAAGUGACCAUGUCGAUCAGUCAGACGACUCUCGAGGAUAUAAAACCCAUAGUGGAAAAUACUGCCACAACAGCACCUGCUCAUACCAGUGAUCAAGCUGAAACUUCCAAUGUUGACGCAUCAAAAUUAAACAGCACUACUUCAUGGCCUAAUGACAACUUAGAUCAUCACAGUGUGAACUCCAGUUCAAUUCCAAUGCCAGAGAACAUAACUACCUCUCACACGGAGGCCAUGAAUGACACAACGGUGCAAAAGUCUUCCUCUCCAGUAGAAAAGAAGCAUAUACCGAAGCCUAAACCAACAGUAACGACUGUCGGCAAAUCGGAAAUAGACGUAUCCAGGCUACCUUCGCGAAACAAGAGUUCUCCGUUAGGCACGCCGAAAAAGAUUGAUUAUAUCAUACCAGUCAUUAUAACGAUUAUCGCUUUACCUCUAUUGGGUACAGCCAUUUUUGUAUUGUACAGACGCGGUCGAGAUUGCUGGGACAAGAGGCACUAUCGAAGGAUGGAUUUUCUGAUCGAUGGAAUGUACAACGACUGAGAAAGAGAGAGAGAGAGAGAGAGAGAAAGCGCUGCAAAAUCGAAAAUUUGCAUCACAUGAGAUUACACGGGCGUGUAAUGCAAGGAGAAAUCAGUCGUCCAUUUUCCACGUUCUUUCGCGGAUGCAAUUUUAUACACGUACUUUUGGAGUAAUUGUUACCAAGCGAUAUAGCGUUGAUUUCUUAUCACCUAAUAACGUCCAAGCGAAGGUUACACCUGUCACCGCUCAGGCCCGUUAACACGCUCGUUAUCAGCGUCACACAUAUACGACACCCCGAUUUCUUAUCGAAGACAUCAGUGUCA